UAUUUACUAAUUACAGAGUAUUUCCAUUUUAAGUAUGGGGAACUUCGCAGGAAACACAACCUAAGCCUUGCAAGCUACAUUGUCCAAAACCGCAGCUCAGCCUCAGACGCAAACAAUGUCAAAUGUGGUGGUCUUUCUCGGGUGAAAUAUCGUGCGAUUAUGGGGAAAUGUGUCUACCUGAUCAUUUUCUUUUAUGUUUCUGGACUACACUUUCUGUCCGCAUCAACUGUGGUCCAUUUUGUUCAGGCUGGACAAAAUGCUUCCCUGUCAUGCAACCUCACAAACAGUAAAGAAAUAAUCUGGUUCCAACUGCUCUCAGAGGAACUUGUUACCCUUAUAACUGUUACCAGGCUAUCACGUUUUCUAAAUACUGCAGCAGUUAAUGAGGAAUACACGGGUCACUUUGACACAAAGGAAAACAACAGUUUGGAGAUCAUUGUGGUGACAGAAGCAGAUUUGGGAUUGUACUACUGUGCUGGUCGCUACGAUGGGACAGUGCGAUUUGGAAAAGGCAUCCGUCUGACUUUUGCAGACGCAGAGGUGGCAGAGAGGGAAUUGGUGUCGUGUUGGACUCUCCUGGCCUGUGUUGCCCCAGUCUCAGUUUUGUUUGGCACCCUCUGUCUCUUUGGACUCUGUUUCCAGUCAGGUAAAUCAAAAUGUUUGUGCAACACCUGUGUGAACAGGAAAUCAAGUCUCAAGGAAGUGGAUCUGCACUAUGCCAGUCUGAAGCACAUUGGUAAUGCCCGCCCCACUGCUCAGGGAGUGCCAGGAUUGGCCGAGGGGGAUGUCACCUAUGCAACAGUGGCCCAAUGUGUUCAUACAGGCACAUGAUACAUCACAUGUACUUCUGACAUGGUUCUUUGAAUAUCCAUUCUUGAUGGAAAUAAGAUUGUAUUUUGAUUCGUGCAUGUAUGUGUGUUUCUGUAAAUAAUGAAAAGGCUAAUGUAAUAAUUAUUGUUAAUGUUCUCCAAAGAAUCUCAAUAAAAACAUUUAAGGCAACAGGAUAUAGAAUUAGUUGGAUAAAAUAAUAAUAUCUUGAAAGACGCAAAUAAAUGUACUAUAUUAUUAAAGAUCAACCUUUGUAAAAUGUAGUCGUAUUGUAAUACAAACAAAAAAAAGACUAACGGUCUGUUAAGG